AGGACCGGAACUCCGGGCGGGCGGCUUGUUGAUAAUAUGGCGGCAGGAGCUGCCAGGGCAUCUCGAGGAGGCGGUGGGGCCCAAACCCGGAAGAAGGGUCUCUUUUCGUGCUAGCGCGGCGGCCGCUGCGGACCCGGAAGUCCGGGCCGGUUACUGAAUGAGGGGAGCCGGGCCCUCCCCGCGACAGUCCCCCCGCGCCCUCCGCCCGGACCCGGGCCCCGCCAUGUCCUUCUUCCGGCGGAAAGUGAAAGGCAAAGAACAAGAGAAGACCUCAGAUGUCAAGUCAGUUAAAGCUUCAAUAUCUGUACAUUCCCCGCAAAAAAGCACUAAAAACCAUGCCUUGCUGGAGGCUGCAGGACCAAGUCAUGUUGCAAUCAAUGCCAUUUCUGCCAACAUGGACUCCUUUUCAAGUAGCAGGACAGCAACACUUAAGAAGCAGCCAAGUCACAUGGAGGCCGCUCAUUUUGGUGACCUGGGCAGAUCUUGUCUGGACUACCAGACUCAAGAGACCAAAUCAAGUCUUUCAAAGACACUUGAACAAGUCUUGCAUGACACUGUUGUCCUCCCUUAUUUCAUUCAAUUCAUGGAACUUCGGAGAAUGGAGCAUUUGGUUAAAUUUUGGUUAGAGGCUGAAAGUUUUCACUCUACAACUUGGUCCCGAAUAAGAGCACACAGUCUGAACACAGUGAAGCAGAGCUCAUUGGCUGAGCCUGUCUCUCCAUCUAAAAAGCACGAAACUACAGCAUCUUUUGUAACCGACUCUCUUGAAAAGAGAUUGGAGGAUUCUAGCUCAGUCCAGUUGCUUAUGAUGCAAUCAGAAGGAAUUGACCUGAAUAACAGAACUAGCAACAUUCAGAAUCACUUGCUGCUUUCCCAGGAAUGUGACAGUGCCCAUUCUCUCCAUCUUGAAAUGGCCAGAACAGGAACUCAUCAAGUUUCCAUGGAAACCCAGGAGUCCUCCUCCAGACUUACAGCAGCCGGCAGAAAUAGUCCCUCUUCUCCACUAAAGGAAUUAUCUGGAAAGUUAAUGAAAAGUAUAGAACAAGAUGCAGUGAAUACUUUUACCAAAUAUAUAUCUCCAGAUGCUGCUAAACCAAUACCAAUUACAGAAGCAAUGAGAAAUGAUAUCAUAGCAAAGAUUUGUGGAGAAGAUGGGCAGGUGGAUCCCAACUGUUUUGUUUUGGCACAGUCCAUAGUCUUUAGUGCAAUGGAGCAAGAGCACUUUAGUGAGUUUCUGCGAAGUCACCAUUUCUGUAAAUACCAGAUUGAAGUGCUGACCAGCGGAACUGUUUACCUGGCUGACAUUCUCUUCUGUGAGUCAGCCCUCUUUUAUUUCUCUGAGUACAUGGAAAAAGAGGAUGCAGUGAAUAUCUUACAGUUCUGGUUGGCAGCAGAUAACUUCCAGUCUCAGCUUGCUGCCAAAAAGGGCCAGUAUGACGGACAGGAAGCACAGAACGACGCCAUGAUUUUAUAUGACAAGUACUUCUCCCUCCAAGCCACACAUCCUCUCGGUUUUGAUGAUAUUGUACGAUUAGAAAUUGAAUCAAAUAUCUGCAGAGAAGGUGGGCCACUCCCUAACUGUUUCACAACUCCAUUACGUCAGGCCUGGACGACCAUGGAGAAGGUCUUUUUGCCUGGCUUUUUGUCCAGCAAUCUUUAUUACAAGUACUUGAAUGAUCUCAUCCAUUCGGUUAGAGGAGAUGACUUUCUGGGAGCGAAUGCUUCACUGACCGCUCACAGCUCUGUCGGCUCUGCUGACGACUCUCACCCAGGUGGCGCCGACAGCUCAGCGGCUCAGUCCGGUGUGAAAAAAGCCAGUGUUAAAAUUCUGAAAAAUUUUGAUGAAGCGAUAAUUGUGGAUGCUGCAAGUCUGGAUCCAGAAUCUUUAUAUCAACGGACAUACGCAGGGAAGAUGACAUUUGGAAGAGUCAGUGACUUGGGGCAGUUCAUCCGAGAAUCUGAGCCUGAACCUGAUGUAAAGAAAUCAAAAGGAUCCAUGUUCUCACAAGCUAUGAAGAAAUGGGUGCAAGGAAAUACUGAUGAGGCCCAAGAAGAGCUAGCUUGGAAGAUUGCUAAGAUGAUAGUCAGUGAUGUUAUGCAGCAGGCACAAUAUGAUCAACCAUUAGAGAAGUCUACAAAGCUCUGACUCGAGACCUGAGAUAAAGGAAAUCUGCUUUUGAAAAAUAAGAGAACUUAUUUCCUUUGGUUGGAUUCUUCAACACAGCCAAUGAAAACAAAGCACUGUAUUUCUUUUCACUGAUAUAUCACUGUUGUUCCCAGGAAAGAACGUCAGACAAUCCUAGACUUCCACCAUAGGCAGAGUGACAUGUAGACAUUUGCUGUACAUGAUGUUCACACAGUGAAAGUCACAAAGAGACAAGGUGGUAUUGUUUACAUUACUAGAAAUUAAUAGUUUUCCAAUGGCAAUAACCCAUUUAUGAAAGAGUUUUAGUCCACUGGAAUAGACAGGGACCACAUACUGUGGGAGGCAGAUAAGCAUAGAGCUGAUAUUUGAUGCAUGUUCUGUAACGGUAACCCAUCUCUAACAGCAUCGUAAAGCAGGUGCCAGAGGUGCUUUGCUUUGGCCUCCUAAAACAAACAGGUGUGUCAGCCCCUCGAGAGCCAGGCAGCUCAGAGCGGCCGUUCGGUGCUGGAACGGGUGAAGGCUCCUCGUGCAGUCUUCCUUCACAGGGGCAUUAAUUUAGAAGGAAGCUGACAGGUCACAGGUCAAGUCUUGGUGACAUUGUCCUUCCCUUUGAUGACAGUAUAUAAUUUUCACAUUUUAAUUGCUCCUGAGAUGCAGUAUACUUAAACCAGUCUCUCCCCUGCUAAGAAAAGGGUGAAUCUCCUUUACUUUGAGCAUUAGGACUUGCUUCUCUGGAAUUCUGUGCUCCAAAUUAGCUUUCCCUUCAGAACACAUGUAGAAAGGAAUAAAUAAUAACGAUCACUCCAGUUUUCUCCCUGUGAACUUGAACAAAGUGUUUAUUCUCAGAUUGUACGAUUUUUUUUAAGAAGGUGGGCGGGCAGGAGUUGGGGAGAAGAAAAGCACUCGACUUUGACUGCUUCCCCUUUCUUUGCUGUGAGCUGGGAAGUGUGCAGUUGGCCCUUUUUUUUUUUUUUCUGUCUUUAGGAUAGUAAGAGACUCCCUCACUGCACACACUCAGUUGGCUUCUGGGUCUGGACUGCGCUGCCCAGCAGGGCUGCCCGUUGGUGAGCACACUCCACUGGCCAGGUGGUGCCAAUGCUUCCUCACCACACGUGACUAUUUGAGGGGAAAGCACACACUUUAAGGUGUUACUGCUUUUGCUCAGACUUUGCAAAAAAAAAAAAUAUAUAUAUAUAUAUACAAAUAUAUAAUUAUUAAUCACUUCUGUCCUUGAGAAAGUCUUGAAUGAAUAGAGAAUUUAUUCCAUUGCAAUAUUUGAUUGUGUAGAGGCGCGCUGUUUCAUCAACAGAAGAAGCAAAAAGGCUGUGUAUAAGUUUUUGGUACUAUGUACCACCUCUGUUAUUCUUCUAAAGCGAAGUAUUCAUGUACUUAAACCAUAUUCUAUUUAAUUGUGUUUGAUUUUAAAAUAUAUAUAUAUAUGAAUUAUAUUUAAAAUUGUGUCAACUUUCUGCUUUCAGGGCAUUUAUGGCUCUUCUACUGAAAUGUGUUGAUUCUUCCAAAAUUUCCAUUUGCUUUACAAAGACCCAGAACAUGAGCCACUUCUGGACUUAGCCUUGUGUUUGGAGUGUAUGGCACAGACCUGAGGUUUUAUUAGGUGUUUAUGCUGUGAUUAACAUUUUGUUCUUUUAACAAAAUAUUUCCAUCCAUUUCACGUUGCUUCAAUCUUUAAAUAACAGAAAAGCAAUAUAAAGGUUGUAGAAUAAAAUGUGGUUUUUGGUGA